UCAUGCUGUCAAGAUAUUUUGCACCUUUACUUCAGGAAACAGAAAAAAUCAACCCCGGCAACCCAAAACCUAUCUUGCAAUAGCAAAUGCCAAUUGAAUACCUACGCAACAAACUUCAAUUUUGAUACUGAACAUUUGUCCACCUGCUAUCAUGGCCUGCAAUUAUUACCUUCAGUAAUCGUACCGUUGCCUCAAACCAAAACUCAUGUUUCACGACCAUGACUUUUUGUUUUGUUGGAUCACUCACUUCAGUCAGAGCACUUUCUUUUUUUGGUCUUUGUUAGCUUUCCCCAUGUUAUCUUGCCUUGAAAGCAUAAAAGAUCCAUAGCAACUUGCAAAAAGACAAAACCAUCGAUUUUUAUCCUCAACUGUGUUGGGCACAUGUGUGGAAAACACUCUUUAAAUUCAACAAACUAUCAUCAAUCAAUCCAUAUUGAAACUUUUACUCAAAACUAUAGCCAUGGCCAAGGCUACUACUCUUUGCUUUUACAAAGUCAUAUAUUUUUGCCUGUUCUUUAGCUUUGCGGUAUUAGCUGAGUCAGCUCCUGAGAAUGCUCUGAUCACUCAACUUCCUGGCUUUGCUGGCACUUUUCCUUCAAAGCACUAUUCUGGGUAUGUGAAUAUUGAUCAAAGUCAUGGCAAGAAUCUGUUUUACUAUUUUGUGGAAUCUGAAAGGAAACCAUCAGAAGAUCCAGUGGUUCUUUGGCUCAACGGUGGACCUGGAUGCUCCAGCUUUGAUGGUUUUGUCUACGAGCAUGGGCCUUUCAAUUUUGAAGCAGCCAAGACAAAUGGAGGUUUGCCUCAGCUGCAUCUCAAUAUGUAUAGUUGGUCUAAGGUCUCUAACAUUAUAUAUUUAGAUUCCCCAGUUGGGGUCGGGCUUUCUUAUUCAAAGAAUCAAAGUGAUUAUGUGACUGGUGACCUACAGACUGCCACUGACACGCAUGCAUUUCUGUUGAAGUGGUUUGAGCUGUACCCCGAGUUCCUGACAAACCCGUUUUUUAUUGCUGGAGAGUCAUAUGCUGGAAUAUAUGUGCCUACUCUUUCUUAUGAAGUAGUGAAAGGAAUUGAUGCUGGAACAAAGCCUGUUACCAAUUUCAAGGGAUAUUUGGUGGGAAACGGAGUUACAGAUGAUGAAUUCGAUGGCAAUGCUCUUGUUCCAUUUGCCCAUGGAAUGGGCCUGAUCUCAGAUGAACUAUAUGAGGAGGUUAAAAAUGAGUGCAGGGGUAAUUUCUAUAACCCACUCAGUGAAACUUGUGAAAGCGAACUGGAAAAGGUUGAUGAGAAUAUAAAUGGUUUGAACAUGUACAACAUCCUAGAACCUUGUUAUCAUGACCCAGCAACACUUGAGGCUACAGAUAUUAAGAUUAGACUACCUUCCAGCUUCCGGAUGUUGGGUGAGACUGACAGGCCUCUUGCUGUAAGGAAAAGGAUGUUUGGUCGUGCCUGGCCUCUCAGAGCUCCUGUUAGAGAUGGAAUUGUUCCAACAUGGCCACAACUUCUCCAUAGCCAAAGUGUUCCAUGCACUGAUGAUGAAGUAGCAACAAAAUGGCUGAAUAAUGCUGCAGUUAGGAAAGCAAUUCAUGCUGUAGAGGAGACUGUGAUCGGUAGAUGGGAGUUAUGUACAGACAAUAUCUUGUAUCAUCAUGAUGCUGGUAGCAUGAUCAAGUAUCAUAAGAAUCUUACUGCCAGGGGAUAUCGGGCACUGAUAUUCAGUGGGGAUCAUGAUAUGUGUGUUCCAUUCACUGGGAGUGAAGCCUGGACAAGAUCAGUUGGAUAUGAGAUAGUGGAUGAAUGGAGGCCAUGGACUUCCAAUGGACAAAUUGCUGGGUAUUUACAAGGUUAUGACAACAACCUGACCUUUUUAACCAUAAAGGGAGCUGGGCAUACUGUCCCAGAAUAUAAACCUCGAGAGGCAUUGGAUUUCUAUAGCAGAUUCCUGGCAGGGAAACCUAUAUGAAACAAAUUCAUGAGCUUUUACUUUUCCUUGUUUCCUUUAGUAAUUUAAUUUUAGAUUAUAAUUGCAUACCAGUGGCUUAUGCCCAUGACCACAGCAAUGAAUUAAUUUAAGGAGAGAACAAAUUCCUCCUGUUUACUUCAGGACUUGAGCUCGAGACUUUCAAGAUGACAUCUUAAACUCUUAACUCGAGAUGAAAUCUUAAAUUUGAUAAGUUUGUUUGUUUUGUACGUACUUGAUUUUGUUAUGAAAAGCAAAAAUGGAGAAAUAUGCGUAGAUGUA